AUGGACGUGGAGUUGGGCGGUGUUUAUAUCUUUGCAAUGCAGCAAAAGCCGCAGCAGAGCAAGGCAGCGAAAGGUCCGGGCGGUGGGCAAGCAUGGGUGGGGCGCAACGCAGGCGGGCGGGUAGAGACCACCGCUUAUUGGCUCAGCAAGGAGAGGGGCAUGUACCAUGACGCAGAGAUCUGGUGGUGGACACUGAGCCAACUCGAAACCCCGUUCCAAAGGUUGCUUCGCUCCAAUGAGGCCUCAGGCUCAGGAUCGCCCCUUUUAAUUCUGCAGCGAGUAACAAAGCAGGUAGCUUGGCUGGAAAGUGCUAAAGAGCCCUCAGUUGAACCGCUAGGUACUUGCAUCCUGCAUGACCCUCUUCUUAUUCCUUCGAAGUUUGUUCUGGUGGGCCAGUUAGGUCCAUUGAUCAUUCGGAUAGAAGUGCAGGUCGACAAGGGUAGGGUCUCUCUGUUGUUGGAGGUAAAGGUAAGAAAAAUUAAAUAUCUCACUGGGCUGCGGCUCCAAAGAUGGUAUAGCCUAGGUGAUGUUGCAUAA